ACAGACUUUGACCGAUAGUAACCCUGGCGCUCAGCGCAGCCGAAUCUAUAAAAGGAACUAGUCGCGGCAAAACCCCGGUAAUUCUGUGGGAGAGUGAGUGGGGCAGGGACCCGCCGAGCCCAGCCGACAUCUCUCUCCUCGGGAGCAGGUGGGCAGGGCAGGGGGCGCCGCAGGACCGGCGCAGCCAGAGCCAAUUUCUCGGGGGUGCUUUGCUCUUUUCCCCCUUUUAAAAUUUUAUUUUAUUUUAUUUUUUUCCUUUUCCCCUUCUCCGGAAGGGUUUUUCAAGGGGUGGGGGAAAAAGACGCACGCACAAAAGUGGAAAACAGUUAAUGACCAGCCACAGCGGCCCUGCCGUGAGUUGCGGCCACUGCCUCCACGGGCUCCUGAGCCACACGCGUCUGCUGGGGUGCUAGCAGCGGUAACAUGGCUUACUGGCCUCAGCUGAGGUUGCUGCUGUGGAAGAACCUCACUUUCAGAAGAAGACAAACAUGUCAGCUGUUGCUGGAAGUGGCCUGGCCUCUGUUUAUCUUUCUGAUCCUGAUCUCCGUUCGGCUGAGUUACCCACCCUAUGAACAACAUGAAUGCCACUUUCCAAACAAAGCCAUGCCCUCUGCAGGAACGCUUCCUUGGGUUCAGGGGAUUAUCUGUAAUGCCAAUAACCCCUGUUUCCGUUAUCCAACUCCUGGUGAGGCCCCUGGGGUUGUUGGAAACUUUAACAAAUCCAUCGUGUCUCGCCUGUUCUCGGAUGCUCGGAGGCUUCUUUUAUAUAGCCAGAAAGACACCAGCAUGAAGGACAUGCACCAAGUUCUGAGGACAUUACAGCAGUUAGAGAGUUCCAGUUCAAGCUUGAAGCUUCAGGAUUUCCUGGUGGACAACGAAACCUUCUCUGGAUUCCUGACUUACAACCUUUCUCUGCCAAGGCCUACCGUGGACAAAAUACAGGGGGCCAAUGUCAGUCUCCACAAGGUAUUUUUGCAAGGCUACCAGUUACAUCUGACCGAUCUGUGCAGUGGAUCAGAAUUGGAGGAGGUGAUUCAGCUUGAUGAACAAGAACUUUCCAAGCUUUGCAGCUUGCCAAGGGAGAAACUAGAUGCAGCAGAGCAAGUGCUUCGUUCCAACAUGGACAUCCUGAAGCCCAUCCUGAGGGAGCUAAACUUUACUUCUCCCAUCCUGAGCAAGGAACUGGUUAAAGCCACAGGAACUUUGCUGGAUAGUCUCGGGACUUUGAUCCAACAGCUUUUGAGCAUGAACAGCUGGAGUGACAUGCGGCAGGAAGUCCUAUUCCUGACCAAUGCGAACAGCUCCAGCUCGUCCACCCAGAUCUACCAAGCUGUGUCUCGCAUCAUCUGUGGCCAUCCCGAGGGGGGCGGCCUGAAGAUCAAGUCCCUCAACUGGUACGAGGACAACAACUACAAAGCCCUUUUUGGUGGCAACAGCACGGAUGAAGAUGCUGGCAGCUUUUAUGACAAUUCUACAACUCCUUAUUGCAAUGACUUGAUGAAGAAUUUGGAGUCCAGUCCUCUUUCCCGCAUCAUUUGGAAAGCUCUCAAGCCUCUGCUUGUUGGGAAGAUCCUGUAUACACCCGACACUCCAGCCACCAGACAGGUUAUGGCCGAGGUAAAUAAGACCUUUCAGGAACUGGCCGUGUUUCAUGAUAUGCAAGGCAUGUGGGAAGAGCUCAGCCCCAAGAUCUGGACCUUCAUGGAGAGUAACCGGGAAAUGGACCUUGUUCGGAUGCUAUUGGCCAGCAGAAGCAAUGACCACUUUUGGGAACAGAAAUUGGAUGGUUUAGACUGGACUGCCAAAGAUAUCCUGGCAUUUCUGGCCAAGCACCCAGAGGAUGUCCAGUCUGCUAAUGGCUCUGUGUACACCUGGAGAGAAGCCUUCAAUGAAACUGACCAGGCAAUCCAGAUGAUGUCUCGCUUCAUGGAGUGUGUCAACCUGAACAAGCUUGAACCGGUAGCAACAGAAGUCCGGCUCAUCAACAAGUCCAUGGAGUUGCUGGAUGAGCGGAGGUUCUGGGCUGGGAUUGUGUUCACCGGAAUCACUCCUGGCAGCGUGGAGCUUCCCCAUCAUGUCAAGUACAAGAUCCGAAUGGACAUUGACAAUGUGGAGAGGACAAAUAAAAUUAAGGAUGGGUACUGGGACCCUGGUCCUCGGGCUGACCCCUUUGAGGAUAUGCGCUAUGUCUGGGGGGGCUUUGCCUACUUGCAAGACGUAGUGGAACAAGCGAUCAUCAGGGUGCUGACGGGCACUGAGAAGAGAACCGGUGUCUAUGUGCAGCAGAUGCCCUACCCCUGUUACGUUGAUGACAUCUUCCUGCGGGUGAUGAGCCGGUCCAUGCCCCUGUUCAUGACGCUGGCCUGGAUCUACUCGGUGGCUGUGAUCAUCAAGGGCAUCGUGUACGAGAAGGAGGCGCGGCUGAAGGAGACCAUGCGCAUCAUGGGCCUGGACAAUGGCAUCCUCUGGUUCAGCUGGUUCAUCAGCAGCCUCAUUCCUCUGCUCGUGAGCGCCGCCCUGUUGGUGGUCAUCCUGAAAUUAGGGAACCUGCUGCCCUACAGUGACCCCAGCGUGGUGUUUGUCUUCCUAUCUGUGUUCGCCGUGGUGACCAUCCUGCAGUGCUUCCUGAUCAGCACACUAUUCUCCAGAGCCAACCUGGCGGCUGCCUGUGGGGGCAUCAUCUACUUUAUCCUGUACCUGCCCUAUGUGCUGUGUGUGGCCUGGCAAGACUAUGUGGGCUUCACACUCAAGAUCUUCGUGAGCCUGCUGUCUCCUGUGGCUUUUGGGUUUGGCUGUGAGUACUUUGCCCUUUUCGAGGAGCAGGGCAUUGGGGUACAGUGGGACAACCUGUUUGAGAGCCCCAUGGAGGAAGAUGGCUUCAACCUCACCACUUCAGUCUCCAUGAUGCUGUUCGACACCUUUCUCUAUGGAGUGAUGACAUGGUACAUUGAGGCUGUCUUUCCAGGCCAGUAUGGAAUCCCCAGGCCCUGGUAUUUUCCUUGCACCAAAUCCUACUGGUUCGGUGAGGAAAGUGAUGAGAAGAGCCACCCUGGUUCCAGCCAGAAGGGGGUAUCAGAAAUCUGCAUGGAGGAGGAACCCACACACCUGAAGCUGGGCGUGUCCAUUCAGAACCUGAUGAAGGUUUACCGGGAUGGCAUGAAGGUGGCUGUUGAUGGCCUGGCUUUGAAUUUCUAUGAGGGCCAGAUCACCUCCUUCCUGGGCCACAAUGGAGCUGGGAAGACCACCACCAUGUCAAUCCUGACUGGGCUGUUCCCUCCCACCUCGGGCACUGCCUACAUCCUGGGGAAAGACAUUCGCUCUGAGAUGAGCAGCAUCCGGCAGAACCUGGGGGUCUGCCCCCAGCAUAACGUGCUGUUUGACAUGCUGACUGUGGAAGAACACAUCUGGUUCUAUGCACGUCUGAAGGGGCUCUCGGAGAAGCACGUGAAAGCAGAGAUGGAACAGAUGGCCUUGGAUGUUGGUUUGCCACCCAGCAAACUGAAAAGCAAAACAAGUCAACUGUCAGGCGGAAUGAAGAGAAAGCUGUCUGUGGCUUUGGCCUUCGUUGGGGGAUCCAAGGUUGUCAUUCUGGAUGAACCCACAGCCGGUGUGGACCCUUACUCCCGCAGGGGAAUAUGGGAGCUCCUGCUGAAAUACCGACAAGGCCGCACCAUUAUUCUCUCCACGCACCACAUGGAUGAAGCAGACAUCCUGGGGGACAGGAUUGCCAUCAUUUCCCAUGGAAAGCUGUGCUGUGUGGGCUCCUCCCUGUUCCUGAAGAACCAGCUGGGAACAGGCUACUACCUGACCCUGGUCAAGAAGGAUGUGGAAUCCUCCCUCAGUUCCUGCAGAAAUAGCAGUAGCACUGUGUCAUACCUGAAAAAGGUGGUGCCUGAGCUUCCCCGAGCUGGGCAGAGUGGAGGCAGAGGAGGAGAGGUGCAGAGGCUGGUGGCGCUGACUCAAGAUGUCUCUGCCAUCUCCAACCUCAUCAGGAAGCAUGUGGCUGAAGCCCGGCUAGUGGAAGACAUUGGGCAUGAAUUGACUUACGUGCUGCCCUACGAAGCUGCCAAAGAAGGGGCCUUCGUGGAACUCUUCCAUGAGAUUGAUGACCGGCUCUCAGACCUGGGCAUCUCUAGUUACGGCAUCUCGGAGACCACUCUGGAAGAAAUAUUUCUCAAAGUGGCUGAAGAGAGCGGGGUGGAUGCGGAGACCUCAGAUGGCACCUUGCCAGCAAGACGAAACAGAAGGGCUUUUGGAGACAAGCAGAGCUGCCUUCGCCCAUUCACUGAAGAUGAUGCUGUUGAUCCUAAUGAUUCCGAUGUAGACCCAGAAUCCAGAGAAACAGACCUGCUCAGCGGGAUGGACGGCAAAGGCUCCUACCAGGUGAAGGGCUGGAAGCUCACACAGCAGCAGUUUGUGGCCCUUCUGUGGAAGAGGCUGCUGAUUGCCAGACGGAGUCGGAAGGGAUUCUUUGCUCAGAUCGUCCUGCCAGCUGUGUUUGUCUGCAUUGCCCUGGUGUUCAGCUUGAUCGUGCCCCCCUUUGGCAAGUACCCCAGCCUGGAACUUCAGCCUUGGAUGUACAACGAACAGUACACGUUUGUCAGUAAUGAUGCUCCUGAGGACAUGGGCACCCAGGAACUCCUGAAUGCCCUCACCAGACACCCUGGCUUCGGGACCCGCUGUAUGGAAGGAAAUCCGAUCCCAAACAUGCCCUGCUCUGUGGGGGAGGAGGAGUGGACCACUGCCCCGGUCCCCCAGACCAUCGUGGACCUCUUCCAAAAUGGGAACUGGACGAUGGAGAACCCCUCACCCACCUGCCAGUGUAGCAGUGACAAAAUCAAGAAGAUGCUGCCCGUGUGUCCCCUGGGGGCAGGGGGGCUGCCUCCUCCACAGAGAAAACAGAACACUGCAGACAUCCUUCAGAACCUGACGGGAAGAAACAUUUCAGAUUAUUUGGUGAAGACCUAUGUGCAGAUCAUAGCCAAAAGUUUAAAGAACAAGAUCUGGGUGAAUGAGUUUAGGUAUGGAGGGUUUUCCCUGGGUGCCAGUAAUUCUCAUUCACUUCCUUCAAGUCAAGAAGUUAAUAAUGCCAUCAAGCAAGUGAAGAAGCACUUGAAGCUGGCCAAGGACAGUUCUGCAGAUCGAUUUCUCAGCAGCCUGGGGAGGUUCAUGACAGGACUGGACACGAAAAAUAAUGUCAAGGUGUGGUUCAACAACAAGGGCUGGCAUGCCAUCAGCUCUUUCUUGAACGUCAUCAACAAUGCCAUUCUCCGGGCCAACCUGCAGAAGGGCGAGAACCCCAGCCAAUAUGGGAUUACGGCCUUCAACCACCCCCUGAAUCUCACCAAGCAGCAGCUCUCAGAAGUGGCUCUGAUGACCACAUCAGUGGAUGUCCUUGUGUCCAUCUGUGUCAUCUUUGCAAUGUCCUUCGUCCCAGCCAGCUUUGUUGUGUUCCUAAUCCAAGAGCGGGUCAGCAAAGCAAAGCACCUGCAGUUCAUCAGUGGAGUGAAGCCUGUCAUCUAUUGGCUCUCUAAUUUUGUGUGGGAUAUGUGCAACUAUGUGGUCCCUGCCACGCUGGUCAUUAUCAUCUUCAUCUGCUUCCAGCAGAAGUCCUAUGUGUCCUCUACCAACCUGCCUGUGCUAGCACUUCUACUUCUGCUGUAUGGGUGGUCGAUCACACCUCUCAUGUACCCAGCCUCCUUCGUGUUCAAGAUCCCCAGCACAGCUUACGUGGUCCUCACCAGUGUGAACCUCUUCAUCGGGAUCAACGGCAGCGUGGCCACUUUUGUGCUGGAGCUCUUUACCAACAAUAAGCUGAAUAACAUCAAUGAUAUCCUGAAGUCUGUAUUCUUGAUUUUCCCACAUUUUUGCCUGGGACGGGGGCUUAUUGACAUGGUGAAAAACCAGGCAAUGGCCGAUGCUUUGGAAAGGUUUGGGGAGAACCGUUUUGUUUCGCCACUGUCUUGGGACUUAGUGGGACGAAACCUCUUUGCCAUGGCCGUGGAAGGGGUGGUGUUCUUCCUCAUCACUGUUCUCAUCCAGUAUAGAUUCUUCAUCAGGCCCAGACCUGUAAAUGCCAAGCUUCCUCCUUUGAAUGAUGAGGAUGAAGACGUGAAGCGAGAAAGACAGAGAAUUCUUGAUGGUGGAGGACAGAAUGAUAUCUUGGAGAUCAAGGAGCUGACGAAGAUAUAUAGAAGAAAGAGGAAGCCUGCUGUUGACAGGAUUUGUGUUGGCAUUCCUCCUGGCGAGUGCUUUGGACUUCUGGGAGUUAAUGGGGCUGGGAAAUCAUCGACUUUCAAGAUGUUGACUGGAGAUACCACUGUUACCAGAGGAGAUGCUUUCCUUAACAAAAAUAGUAUCUUGUCAGACAUCCAUGAAGUCCAUCAGAACAUGGGCUAUUGCCCUCAGUUCGAUGCCAUCACGGAGCUACUGACUGGAAGAGAGCACGUGGAGUUCUUUGCCCUCUUGAGAGGAGUCCCAGAGAAAGAAGUUGGCAAGGUUGGUGAAUGGGCAAUUCGGAAACUGGGCCUCGUCAAGUAUGGCGAAAAGUAUGCUGGUAACUAUAGCGGAGGCAACAAGCGCAAGCUCUCCACAGCUAUGGCUCUGAUCGGCGGGCCCCCUGUAGUGUUUCUGGAUGAACCUACCACAGGCAUGGACCCCAAAGCCCGGCGAUUCUUGUGGAAUUGUGCUCUAAGUAUUGUCAAGGAAGGCAGAUCAGUAGUGCUUACAUCUCACAGUAUGGAAGAAUGUGAAGCUCUUUGCACUAGGAUGGCAAUUAUGGUCAAUGGGAGGUUCAGGUGUCUUGGCAGCGUUCAACAUCUGAAAAAUAGGUUUGGCGAUGGUUAUACAAUAGUGGUACGAAUAGCAGGGUCCAACCCUGACCUAAAACCUGUCCAGGAGUUCUUUGGACUUGCCUUUCCGGGAAGCGUCCUCAAAGAGAAACACCGGAACAUGCUACAGUACCAGCUUCCAUCUUCACUUUCUUCUCUGGCCAGGAUAUUCAGCAUCCUCUCCCAGAGCAAAAAGAGACUCCAUAUAGAAGACUACUCUGUUUCUCAGACAACACUUGACCAAGUGUUUGUGAACUUCGCCAAGGACCAAAGUGAUGAUGACCACUUAAAGGACUUGUCAUUACACAAAAACCAGACAGUAGUCGAUGUUGCGGUUCUCACAUCUUUUCUCCAGGAUGAGAAAGUGAAAGAAAGUUAUGUAUGAAGAAUACUGUUCAUACAGGGAGACUAAAAGAAAGGAGGAACUAGCCCUUCCUUUGCACCACGUCAAGCGUUCCAAAAGCAAGAGCUGGACGUUUUUGUGGGAAGAAGUAAACUGGAUACUGUACUGAUACUAUUCAAUGCAAUGCAAUUCAAUGCAACGAAAACAAAAAUUCCAUUACAGGGGCGGUGCCUUUGUAGCCUAUGUUUCGUAUGGCUCUCAAGUGAAAAAGACUUGAAUUUAGUUUAUUACCUUAUACCUAUGUGAAACUCUAGUAUGGAACCCAGCGGACAGAUGGGUUUGAAACCACACUUUUUUUUUUUUUUCCUUUGUAGUCUCACUGGGGUUGCAACAAUAAUUAAUCAAGUAAUCAUGGCCAGUGAUUAUUUAUCAAAGUCAAAAGGCAUAUACAUCUUCAUUCAGUAAGCCGUGCCAUGCCAGGACACUGGUUUCCCGGCAACACAUCCAUUGCUGGCGAUGAGUGUGCCAGAAUUACUAGUGCCAAGUUGCUCAGAAAGCCUGAAGGACCGUGGUGUGUCAUUUACACUUUUGCAAAAGCUGUUCUGCUUUAGAGUCCAUCAGCAUCAUUAUCAGGUGACAAAAUGGUGCCCUGGAUGGGGAAAGUCCUGCUUUGUUUCCCUCUUUGAUGAGCUGCUCUGGUGUGGCCGUAAUGUGCAAGUGUGGGUGGCUCAAGACAGCAGAGACUUGGUUCCAUUUUUAGGUUGUCCCGUGCUUGGAGCCAUGGGUCUCCAGGGCCCCUUUUCUGGGACUCGUUAAAUAUACUAAGAUCCUGGUGAGCAGUAAAGAGCUGGCAAACCGUUGAGGCUACAGGCUGCUGAGGCCAAGUCAUGGGAUUGAAGACGUGGCUUGUUCAAACCUAGGGAGGCCUGUGUCCAUUUGUCCUGGUUGUCUGCUAACACGGUACAUUGCAUCUCAAGAUCUUCCUGUCUGACAUGAGUGUAGUAUUAUUUCUGGCUUUUUAAAUUAAUCUAGACUAUGAAAGGACAGAGUUGUAUUUUAACAAAAUUCUUUGUAUUUUUGAUGUUGUUUGGAAUCUUAUGGUCUGUCAGUGACAUGUGAAUCCUUGGAAUGGCCUCUCUGUAGAACCCCGUGGUGCAGAGGAGUAAGGCCGUACUGCCUCACUGGCUUUAUUUCUCAUGGAAGCCUGCAUGUGGGUCCUCUGACUAGUGCCUGGUGACCAGAAAACAAUGUGGUGGUCAAGAUCACAUGACAACAUUAUAUUU